AUGGCACCUGUCCCUCUUGACCCCAUACCUCUGGAGAACUCAAAGUUCAACCUCGAUAUAUUCAGCGUAGCUGGCUUCUUCGGUGGCGAUGAAGUCGUUGAAGCGAUGGCUACUCUUCACCUCUACAAGGGGAGGAAGUGGCGGGGAUGGUAUAAUUCUCCAGGAGCCUACACGGUAGCGAAGCAUCUGGGUCGCAUAGCUGACUCGCGGUUUUGGAGAGCGCUCUUCCCUGGCGCGUGGCAGGAUCCAGCAACGGCCUUCAGUUUGGACGGGAAGAAAGGUCCCAAAUACCUCGCAGUCCUCUCCGGGACAGAAAUGCCGACAGGCCAUGCUGGGUAUCUGCUUACAGAAUUUGUCAAGAAGCUGGCGGGGAAAGAUUUAUGGGAUCGAGACCAUCGUAGGACAGCAUCCACGAGCGUCACCAUCGUUGAUAUAAAACGCGUCAUCAAGCUCGACAACCUCUCCAUUUCAAGUUCCUCCCUUCACCUCCUCAUAUCAUACUUCACCAUGCUGAGCAGCAUAGCAUGUGCCGUGUUCAGCUUCCUCUUCUUCAACGACAAGUUCUGCUUUUCCGCCAUCCUCCUUGGCACCCUCAUCAGCGGGACGUCGUCGUUAGUGAUUGGAACAGGCAGCCUCUCCCUCGAAAGUGUGUUCAAGCCUGCACCAGGCUCUCCGCCUGGCGAUGGCGUGUUGCUGGGUCAAAGUUUUAUUGUCCUGCGUGGAUCCGAAAGCGACGUCAACGCCAUUACAAAGGGAAGAUUCUGCCUUCACAUGACCGACCAUCCCUCGUACCGCAACAUCGGCAUAUGCGCAUUCCUCUAUUUCCUACAGUUUCUAGCACAGCUCUUCCUUAUACCGCAAGGAAACCUGCCAGGACAGUUGAUGUACCUGGCAUCGUUCGUCAUAGCCUGGAUCAACAAUUGCGUAGUCGCCUCGAUAGAUAAAGAAGAGGUUCAAACAAAUUUGCUGGCCGACUCUGUCAAGAUGGAAACCACAAAGUUCGCCAUGCCCAAUCGAACCACGGCGGUCAUGUUUACGUGCCUCGCCCUCCGCCGAGCUGCCGACGAGAAGAAAUCGUGUCCGGCAUACAACGAUUUCGUCCCCAAAAAAUUGCUCGAGCACCUACUUCCGAACGAUACCCGAGUGUGGCAGGAAUGGAGGCGCAUUGUUUUACAGGUCCUCGAGUCUAAAAGUUCUCCAGAAUAUUUAACCGGGGCGCUGAAUGAACCAGAAAUCCAGGAACUUCGAUACGAUCAACAAGAGCUGCUGAAGACUCUACUGCAUGAUGCAGAUAAAGCCUACAAGAAGUACCAAGAAAUCAUCAGCAAUGGGGGUGUACAUAGUGAGCAAUGUUCCAUCUAA